AUGGUAGCAGUGCGACGCACAGGACCGUCGCAAGAUGGCUUCGUGAAGCCACCCCCUAGACGUUUAGGUAGCGCCGAAACCAUGCAGUUCUGGUGGAUUGUGUUGGUGUUGGCGUCCGUCGCGGCGUUCGCCCAGGCCAGUAGCCCUAUCUGUGAGGGCGAGGUCCUGGGUGGGUCGCUGCACUGGACAUGGACGAAUCCGGGUCCCCCGUCGGGGACCUCGGACGUCACGUUCACGCACGUGCUCUACACUGUCUGCGGACCAGACAAGGAGUACGUGGCGGGACAGGCGCGCUGCCCCGUGGCGGGCGAGACGGUGAACGACGUCUUCGUGUCGUCCCUCACGCCGGAGACCGGCGCGAACCCCAUCACGGUCGUCUCGUACACCGUGAUGGACGUGCUCGAGAUGCCGUCAGCCUCUGAAGGGUUCACCUUCCGGGAGCUGGCGCCCAACGGCACGGACACGGGCUCGCGCCGCCGCUCCCUGCGCUCCGUCGUGGACGAGCUCAGCCGCACCUCGAGCGAGUACCGCGCCCGCGCGCGCGAGGAGGCCUCCCUCGAGGACCUCCAGCUGGGCCCCGGCGGCACGCCCAUCCACGCCCGGAGCGCGCACGUGCGCGGACGCAUGCUCAAGGGCAAGGGCAAGGGCAAGGGCAACAGGUCCGGCUGCAGCUCCGGGAGCUCCACGGACUACCACUCGAGCUCCAGCAGCUCGGAUGCCAACAGCGGCUCCGACUCGGACAAGGCCAAGAAGCCCAAGUGCAAGCUCUCCAACGCGGCGCCGUGGGACGAGUGCAGGGACAGCGCCAGCUCCGGCGAGGAGGGCCACUGCUUCGCGAUGGUGUCCCCGUGGGGGAACUGCUGCCGGGGCAGGUACGUGGCGCGGACGCGCAGGCGGGCGUGCGACUACAUCGAGCGCUUCCGCUUCCUGAGCUUCCUGUUCGGCAACCGCUUCGGGUGCAACCGCGCGAGCUCCAGCAACGGCAACAAGUCUGGGUCGGACAAGUCUGGGUCGGACAAGUCCGGGUCUGACAAGUCCGGGUCUGACAAGUCCGGGUCUGGCUCCGACCGGGAGUGGGUGGAGAAGGUUCGGCAGUGCCGGGACCCCGACCACGGCGUCAUCACGCUGGACGAGAACGACGGCAUCAUCCCGCCCGAGGACAUCACGCUGCCGCAGAAGCUGCUGGUGCUGCGGGCGACGGUGCGGCACACGUACGCGGCGAGCUCCGCGCCGCGCCAGGCGUUCUUGUCGCUCCCCGGGCUGUGCAUGUCCGGCACGAGCGACCCGACGCCGGUGACGCUCUCGACGGUCGUGGACGACCACAUGUGGCCCUUUGCGGCCCCCGUCCCGGCGGCGCUGGCGUACUACACGGCCACGAUCGGGCAGAACUUCACGACCGACGUGGUGGCCGUGCCCGGCGGGGCCGUGUCGUGGCGCGGCGCGGCCAGCUCCGGCGCCGCGCUCGCGCCGGCCACGGACUUGUGGAGCAACUACACGAACGUGUACCGCGCGCGCUCCUGCCCGCCGUCGGCGCCGACCUGCGUCCGCUACGCGUCGCGGAGCGCGGACGUCUGGCUCAACGGCACCGUGGAGUACGUUCCCGAGACCCUCGGGUACCGGUCGCGCAUCCGCUACAUCCAGCUGGAGAUGAAGUUCAACAACCCGCUGAACGCGUCGGUGCACGCGAACUCGUCGGUGCUGUUCCCGGUCAUCCCCGUGGCGCCCUCGUGCACGUCGAUCGGGCAGACGUACCCGCGCGACGGGUUCGCGGACUACGCCAUCGUCACGCGGCAAAACGGGUUCCACUCGACGUGCGACAACGGCGCGAACAGCCCCGGGUGGGCGUGCCUGGAGCACACGGGCGGCGACGAGGUCACCGUCGGGUCGCGCUGCCACCCGUACAUCUCGUACAAGAAGAACUUCGCCAACUGCGUCAGCGCCACGUACCCCAAGCACGACCUCAUCUACGGCGUCAAGCUGGACCCCGCGGCGGUCUCCGCGGCGGACAUUGCGAGCGGCGCGACGAGCGUCUUCCUGGACCUCGAGGUCGCGGCCUUCACCAGCCCCAACAAGGGCAACCUGGUCGGGGCGGUGCGCAAGAAGCACGACGGCGUCCCGGUGGCGGCGCCGAUGAGGAGCAACCCGCUGACGACGCCGCUGCAGUGCUCCCAGGAGGAGCCCUGCCCCGGCCGCGGCGGCACGGACCUCAAGAACGCGAACCCGUCGUGGUCGCUGCACGAGGGGGGCUCCACGUACGUGACGCGCGGCGUGGGCACCGCCCCGCUCGGCGACAUGCACGACUCGUGCGAGGGCUGCGGGUUCUCCCUGGACAUCACCAGCUACAUCAGGGACAAGUUCAUCUCCAACGGCGAGUGGACCAUCUCCUCGGUCGUCACCAUGCCCUACCACAUCUGGCUCGACAUGGACAACGACAACAAGGACAACGGCGUGGCCUUCGCGCGCGCGUACACCCGCGUCUCGUCGGCCAGCGGGUUCGAGGUCUCGGGCGGCUCCUGCGACAGCGUCAACCAGCCGCCCGCACGCUCCCCCACGGAGCUGCCCGUCCAGGUGGUCAAGGCGUCGACGGGCAUCGUCAACUCCACCCUGGUGACGCUGUUUUCGGACAGCUUCACCGCGAGCGUGGACCCGGCGCCCGUGUCCGGCGGCCAGCCGUUCUUCCAGCAGGUGUCGGUCGCGCGCAGCGCCAACGGCCAGGUCCCCGUCACCACGGUGUGGGACUACCUCGGCCUGCCGCUCCCGCCCUCGACGGGCGGCCAGAGCCCCGCGCCGUUCCCGCCCGCGACCCCGGGCGUGUACGUGGCGGCCACGGGCCCGCGCGACUACCAGCUCACCACGAGCCAGCCCGUGACGACGGUCGUCUACGCGUACAGCCAGGACCGCCUGCCGACCGCCAUCGCCUGGGUCUCGCAGCCCGCGGACGGCGACACGGGCCCGCACAGCCUCUACCUCGAGUUCUCUCUCCCCGUGGUUAUCUCCAGCGCAUCUGUGGCCGUUGAAGUGACCUACGUGGCGAGCGCCCCCACGACGCAGCAGCUGUCGUUCGUGGCCAUCUCGGACAAGGCGUACCGGCUCGACGGCCUCGUGUUCGACGCCACGCUCCUGCAGCGCGGCGUCAACGUGCAGGUCAAGGCGGACACCCCCGGCAUCAUCGGCGACGGGCCCGCGGGCGCGCGGCCACCCAACGCCGACUCGAACGUGCUCACCCUGGUCCCCGGGCUGCUGCCCUCGGCGCCCGUGGCCUCCGUGAGCACCGACACCAACGGCGCGCCCGUGCUGCACGUCCUGGCCGACGGCCAGGGCCAGGUCGUCGCGGCCGUCAAGCGCCUCGCUGCGUCGACCCCCUCGAACGACGUCGCCUCCCUCGAGGCGGGCGACGCGGCCGCUGCCGCGGGCACCGGCGGCUUCGCGGGCAGCGCCACCCUGGCGGUGCAGAGCGCCUACUCCUACUCGGGGCCGGCCCUGGCCGCCGUGCAGCCGCUCAGCGCCGGCUCGGUGCCCGCGGGCGCCGGCAUGUACUUCCGGUACCUGCCGUGGCCCACGGACACCUUCGCGACGGCGGCCGCGUUCUACCGCGCCAUCCUCGGCGGACACCCCGACCUGGGCACCUCCGCCGCGGGCGUGCGGUCCGCGACGGGCGGGUUCGCGGUGCGGGAGCCCUCGCAGGCGGGCGGGUCGUUCGGUUUGGUGCUGCGCGCCUUCCUCGUGCCUACGGGCGCGCUGGCGGGCCUGGACGGCGCAAGCGUCAGCCUGCGCGUGGACACCCCCGGCGGCGUCAGCCAGCCCGGGCAGGCCGCGGUCAGGCUCUUGGCGCCCGGCGAGACCCCGCGGGAGAUCAUCCCCCUCGGUGCCGGGGCGCGCUCGGCGACCGGCCAGGUGACGCUGUCCGCCUCGCAGCCUGUGGUCGUGGAGGUCGUGCUCAUCGGCUCGGGCAACACAGCGCAGGUGUCGCUCGACAUCCUGGCUCCGGCCCAGGGCUACACGCAGUGGACGCACGUCCCGGAGGACAUGGUGGUGGCUGCCGCGCCAUCUGUGGGCACGCGCAGCUCCCCCGACGUCCAGACCGCGACGCCCUCCACGGCGUGGCCCACCGCGAUCGGCGGGUUCUACCCGAUCGGCCUCGGCGUGGCUGUCGUGACCAAGUCGAGCCGCACUGUGGGCUCCACUGCCCUGGCAGCAGUGGCCCGCGACUCUGCCAAGCCGACUGUGGCCUCCUUCUCGACGCUCUACUCGACCUUCCGCCUGACCAGGGCGUCGUCGGCGGCGUCCGAGACCACCGCCAUGCGCGGCGUGUUCGUGGCGGCUACGGCCGGCACGCACAAGUUCCGCGUCACGAAGGAGGCGGGACAGGACGCAGCAGUCCUCGUCCUGAGGAGGUCUACGGGGUCAGAGAUCGUCCGGACGGUCCAGGGAUCCGGCACCGCGAGCUCCGCCGCGACGCUCUCGCUCGCUAAGGGCGAGCGGGUGUUGCUGGCGGUCGCGCUGUCGGUGCAGGGCGCCACGUACGACACUGCCGUGGAGAUGUCGGGCCCGAACGACGGGGGCGCGUACAGCGUGCUGCCGGUCACCUCGUCCGCUGGACAAGUCCAGCAGGCGAAGAACGGCGUGCUGCGCGGCGACAUCAACAUCCCCGGCGCCAAUCUGGUGGCGGGCGACCUGUACGUCGCCUACGUGGCGGCGGUGAACGACGCGGGCGUGUCCAAGGCCACGACCGUGCUCUUCGUCGCAGGCACCGCUCUGUCGACGCUCGGCGGCUCCCUCACGGCGGACCGUGUCCUCCUGAGCGAGCGCGGCCAGGUUGGGUCCCACGUGGUCUCCCUGGCCGGGCGCGCGCAGAACGACGGAUCCUCGCAGCGGACGGUCACCGUCACGGUGACGGCGCCCACGGGCGUGCAGUUCGCGCCGGCGUCCGCGCUGGACACGAGCGGCCGCAUCGCCGAGAGCGCCUGGGCGUCCACGGCCACGCUGGUCUUCACGGGGAUCAACUGGGCCGGCCUGGAGCGCAUCUACUACCGCAUGGACCCACGGUCGACGACGACGUCGGGCGUGCUGACGCUCGCGCACUCGGCAGCGUCGACUGACGUCAGGUUCCAGGGUCUGACUGGCAACGUGGGCCUGCAGCUCGACCUGGUGGCGCGCAACGUUGCGCCGGCCGUCGUCGUGGACCGCAACGGUCUGACGGCGUUCGCGUCGAUCGUCACGGCCGAGCUGUCGCCGUAUGACUGGGCUCUCGUGGAGGUGGACCCUGCCGUGGGCGUCGUGCUGCCAUCGGCUGCGGAGCUCAGCGGGCUCACCGGCCCCCUCGCAGGCGCCACCGUGGUCGCGUCCGGAUCGGGCUCGGACGCGGUGAUCGCUCCCGCGUACGUGCCGCCCGCGGGGGCGCCGACCACGGUCCCUGGCGCCAUCGCGGGCCAGAUCCCCAGCGGCGUCCUUGGCGGCGAGGCGCGCGUGAUGACGGUGGGCGAUGUCACCGCCACAAGCAGCCGCAUCGCCGAGACGAUUCGCGCGGCUCGCGCGGGCGCGCUCCCGCUCGAGUCGCGCCAGCUCACGUCGGCGCUGGAGUUCACUGCCUCCGCGCGGUCGAACUACGCCGUCGUGGUGCGCGCGUUCUUCGUGCCGGACGUGGCCGGGAGCUACUCUUUCCGGUCGAGCGCCGGCCCGUCGGGGCAGGUGCAGAUCGCCUUGUCGCUUCCCGGCGCCACGUGGGACUUCUCCACGCGCACGGUGGUGCACGAGUACCGCUCGUUUGGCCCCACGGAGACCACCGACAGCGUCAGCCUGUCCGCAGGCGUGCCGGUGCUCCUCGAAGCCACGUACCUGCACGCCGUCGGCGCCGUCGGGUCCGCGGCGUCGAGCUUCGACGUGUUGCUUGGCAGCUCCCCGGACGUCAACCUGAUCAACGGCCUGCCGCUACCGGCUUCGAUGCUGCGCGUCCCUGCUUCCGCGGGCGCUUGCGGCUACCUGCCGUGCAGCGCCGGGCCUGCGCCGGGCGUCGCGUCGACGGCGCUCCCCGGCAACAGGUUUGGCGUUGCUGCCGGUGUGCGCUCCGAGAAGUUCGCGGGCACCGUGUCGCUCGACGACCUCGCGCCUGGCGUCGUCAAGCCCCGCGCUCCCGGCCCGAUCAGCGUCGAGAUCGUCUCUGACGGCUUCGUGCUGGAGAGCAAGCUGGGCAACGCGCCCCACUCUGGUGUGCUCUCGGGCCUCGUGGCCGUCGCCUCGCCGAACACCGCGUACGACGUUGCCGUCACGGUCACUGGCGGCGCGGCUGCCAAGCUCUGGGCCGGCAUCGAGGGCUCCGGCGGCGAGACGACGUGGGUCAGCCUGGCCGAUGUCCCUGCGGGCACGACCUCCGCGGGGGGGGCGCUGACGCCGACCUCCUCGUCCGCGCUGCUCGUCGUCACGUACACGUGCGCGCAGCUGUGCGGCGUGUCCGUGUCGAUGGUCCCCAGCGGCGCGACCGUCACGGGCCCCUUGCCGCGCAACCAGGUCGCGGCGCCUUCCUUCGCCGCGUUCCGCGCAGGCGUCGCGGUGCCCGCCCCCGCCGGCAAGCAGUACGCGCUGUACGUCGCGCUGCCGUCCGGCGAGGUCACGGCCGCCAGCGUCGUCGCGCCGUCGAUCCGCGCGACCGGCCAGCGCGCUGCCUUUGUCGCCGCGGACGACGUGGAGGAGAUCGAGGUGGAGCUCGUGCGGGCGCCCGGCGGGACGCACACGAUCGACAUCACGUGCAGCGACUCGCCGGUCUGCCAGUACGUCGAGUACUCGCUCGACGGGGGGGUCACCUUCGUCAGCGGGCCCAACCUGGAGUACACCAUCACCACCUCGGGCCCCGACGGGUCGAUCUCGGACGCCACGAGCACCGUGGUCGUGCGCCUCGCGCCCGAGGCGUACUACGACGGCGUGCCCGAGCCGUUCACGCUGACCGUCUCCGGCACGCUGGGCACGGGUGAGGCGGUGCCGGCAACCACGGCGCCCCUGCCGUACAACCCCCCGGCCGGGGGGCCGCCUUCCGCGGUCUCCGUCGACGCGCCGCUGAUGACCAUCGCGAGCGCCGAUCCGGGGUCGCUGAAGGUCGACGCCCUCGUCGACCGCCCGGGCAGCGUGUUCUUCGCCAUCCUGCCGGCCGCGGGGCUGUCGGCGGCGCCCGCUGCGGCCGACGUGGUGAGCGGCGUGAGCGGGGCGGUGCAGGCGGGGUCGGUCGCGGUCUCCCCCGCGUCGAUCGUCUCGCCCAUCGCGCUCCCGAGCGCGACGCCGCCGACGGGCUUCCACACGGUAGGCGCAUUUGGCACCCUCACCAGCCUCUACACCGCGGACGCGCCGCUGGCCAGCGGCACGGCGGCGCGGGCCUUCGUGACCAGCGUGCGCGAGCUCGGCCUGCUGCCCUCGUCCACGGGCGUGAGCACGGACGGCCUGUCUCACGACGGGUCGCUGCCUGACACCACUGUGGUCAGGAAGCGCGCCUUCUUCGUGGCGCCGGCGACUGCGACGUACGCGUUCUCGGUCCAGGCGGGCGCGGACGGCCAGCUGUGGGCCGCCAAGCCCGUGCCGCAGUUCGCGUGGGGCGACUGGGCGUACCAGACGGCGAACCAGGAGCAGCAGUUCACCACGCCGCUCCUCAGCUACGACACCGCGAACAGCGCCCUCGUGCAGACGAGCUCCGGCGUCAACGUCGCGAAGGGCGAGCUGCUCUUCAUCGACUACGUGCACACGCGCGGCGACAAGACGUUCACCAUGACGGUCAAGAGCGGCUCUGCGGCUGCCAAGCCCUUUGGGGCGCGCGACGUACGCGCUGCGCUGCCCCUGGUGGCCGACGGCGGCGUGAUGCUGCAGCGGGGCGUACUGGUGAACGAGAGCACGCCCGCGGCGAUCAACGGCAAGCAGCCCUUCAUCCAGGGUCUCUCGGUGGACCGCGUGUGGCCCGUGGUGGGCAACUCGCUGAGCCAGGUGGACAACGGCGUGGGCACCAAGUCCGUGCGCAAGCUCGGCGGGUUCGAGCUCGACGUGCUGGACUCCCUCGUCGACGUCAACUUCGAGCAGGAGCUGGUGGACGCGCGCGCGGCGUGCAACUCCGGACCGUGCAGGAGGCCCUUUUACGGCGUACGCGCCCGGGGCUUCCUGCGCGUGCCUGCGAGCGGCACGUACACCUUCUCGCUGCAGGGCGGGCACCGCGCGUCCCUCCUGAUCGGCUCCCAGGUGAUCUCGCGCACCCCGGGCUCGGCCACCACCGUCCCGGGUGCGGCGCAGACCCUCUCAGGCGGGGACGUCCUCCCGGUCGAGCUCAAGUUCACCAGCCGCGUGACCACCCUGCCGCUGGAGAAGGUCGUCGUCGCCGUGACCGUCGCGGGCACGGGCGUCUACGACGGCACCUACACGGUGCCUGGGCUGUGGCUGUCCAUGCCGAGCUUCAGCCUGCACCGCAGCUCGCAGCUCUCGCUCCCGACGCCGAGCCUGGCGCCGGCCACCGGCUACCGCCUCGUGAGCGCGCUGAACUCCACGUCGGGCGUGUCGGGGGUGUCCCAGGUGAUGUUCAUGACCAAGGGCUUCCUGCCCAUCCGGACCACGAACAACACCAUCCAGAGCGCGGAGCAGAACGUCGAGCGCAUCUUCGUCGCGAUCGCGGCUGCCGGCAGCGGACCGGUGGUCGUCUCCGCCGCCGGGCCUUCCAUCUCGGGCGUGGAGCUGUCGACGGACGGGGUGAACUGGACGCCCUCUGGCUCAGCCCCCGUCACGCUGACGUUCGACGGCCUGAGCUGGGCGCAGGAGCAGGUCAUCUUCGUCCGCGUCGUGGAUCCCGGGUGGGUGCGCGACCCGUACAACUUCGACGUCGUGAUGACGUCGUCGUCGACGGACCCCGCCUACGACAACGCCAACGUCGGGACGGAGAACUUCGCGGUGAGGGCGUGCCCGGUCGGCCAGCGGUUCGACGGCACGUCCUGCCAGAUCAUCGCGCCGCCGGAGCCCUGCCCGGAGGGCACGGUCUGGGACGGCGUCAAGUGCAAUGACCUUGACGAGUGCACCCUGGGCACCGACGGGUGCGGGCCCAACUCGGUGUGCCGCAACACCGACCCCGGCUUCGUCUGCGACUGCGACGACGGCUACGAGCGCGGCUCCACGGCCACGGAGUGCGUUGACAUCAACGAGUGCCUGAACCGGGGCGCGUGCGAUGCCAAUGCCACCUGCACCAACACGCCCGGCAGCUUCAGCUGCGAGUGCAAUGCCGGCUACCGCGGCAACGGCCAGGUGUGCACGGACAUCGACGAGUGCGCGGAGGGCACGCACGCGUGCGACCCGCUCGCCGUGUGCGAGAACACCGCCGGCAACUACACGUGCACGUGCGCCCCGGGCUACCAGGGCUCGGGCUUCACGUGCUCGUCCUGCCCGCCCGGCGAGUACAAGGCCGCCGGCUCCGCGUCGUGCGCGCCCUGCCCCGCCAACUCCGUGCCGGCGCAGAACGCCACGACGUGCUCGUGCGACGCUGGCUUCUUCGGCGGCCCCAGCGGGUGCUCGCCGUGCGACGCUGGCGCCUCGAGCCCGGCCGGGUCGACGCAGGAGGCGCAGUGCCAGCCCUGCGAGCCCGGGUUCUUCAGCCCCAGCGCGGGCAGCACCUGCACGGCGUGCGCCCGCGGGACGUACCAGAACCAGACGGGUGCCACGUCCUGCAACGCGCUGCAGCCUGUGCCGCGCGCGCCCUACGCGCCCGCGGUGGACCUCGGCUCCACGGUGGCCGUCGCGGACACCGCCAACGUCCUACUCUCCGUGGACAGCGACCAGUUCUCGCUCGCGCCGUGCACCGCGGACGCCAUCGGCCUGCGCUGCUCGACUGCCUACUACGUGGUGCGCCAGGUGGCCGGGUCGAUCGACGAGUCGGUGCCCUCCGCCCAGGCGGUGAAGAACACGGCGCUCAACCUCCCGGGCGACCGCGUGCGCGCCGCCAUCCAGCGCCUCUCCGGCGACGCGCCGCAGUACAACGACGGCCCCAUUGAGGCCUUCCCGCUGCAGUCCGCGCUCGCCGCGGCGCUCCCGGGCGCCUCGGAGACGGACGUGGCUGUCGCGACCAUCUCCUCGGCCCCAACCAUCAACGGCAUGCACCCGGGCCCCGCCGGCGCCAUCGUGGAGCUGUACUUGGUGGAUGUUGGCAGCAGCAUCGCCCUGCGCGACGUGGACUCGGAUCUGACGCCGGUCGCCAAGUUCUCGCACAGCGGCGACUUCUUCCUGAGCGCCGCCGACCCCACCUCGGCCCUGAGCACGAUCAGCACCGCCGCGAGCCCCGUGGUGAUCCCGGCGGGCAAGAAGCUGGCCGUGCGCGCGCGCAGCGUGUUCGUCGCCCCGCAGGCGGCGACGUACACCUUCGGCAUCAAGGCCGGGUCCUCGGCCGAGCUCAGGGCGUUCCGCUCCGGCGGCACGGCUACGCGCCGCGCGUCGGGCCCGACGCCCCUCGCCACGAUCGUGUUUGGAGAGGAGCUGGACACCCCACUGGGCGCACUGGACGCCGCUUCGAGCGUGUCUUCCGGCGUCUCGCUGGCGACGGGCGAGCUCAUGCUGCUCGACUUCCUGUUCGUCUACCCGGACACUCAGAACCCGCAGCGCGAGUACGGUCUGCUCAGCUGGGCCAGCGACGCUUCGGCGCGCACCUACAGCUGGGCUGCCUGGGCUGCCGCGCGGUGGCAGGCGUGGAGCACCAAGUACGAGUCUGCGCUGUGGUGGCAUCACACCGGCGGCGAGCUGCUGUCGGUCGCUGCCGUCCGCCAGGCGCUGCGCACUGCGGGCAUCAGCCAGAAGGCCUGGCGGGGCGCGCACCCGGGCGUCGAGCGCCCCGUGCCCGUGCCCGAGGCCGGCCUGCUGUCAUUCGGCAGCAGCGUCAGCGUCAGGGAGUACGCGGCUCCCAUGACGGGCAGCGACGUGGCCAACCUGCAGGCAGAGACGGUGUUCCAGCACACGGCGGAGAGCCUGCUCACUGGCCACUGGCGCCACGUCUACAGCUACGCCAACGCGUCCGCGGCCGACAACCACGGCGUGCUGACCCGCGGCUACUUCAAUGCUGGCGCGGGGGGCGCUGGCGCGUACCGCUUUGCGGUGAGGUCUUCGGGACCUGCCGCCCUCUUCAUGCUCAGGAACGGCGGGACGUGGGUGCAGCUGACCACCACCGACGGCGCGGACGACGACGAGGGUCUCCUGGCAUGGGCGCCCACGGCCACCAUCUCUGCCAGCGUGAGCCUCGCGGAGUCGGAGGUCGUGCUCCUGCAGGCGGUGUACGUCGCACGCCGCGUCGGCAACGCGGCGUUUAUGACCGUCGGAGUGCAGAAGCCUGGCGGCGCGGAGGUCGUGCCCAUCGGGCCCGAGCAGCUCGCGGCUACAGCGGAGAACCUGCAGCGCGGUCUGAGCGCAGUGGCGCUGACGGACCUCUCCCCCGGCGCCGUGUACGAGGUGUUUUCGGUCGUCGAGAACUCGCUGGGUCUGUCGGCGGUGACGAGCAGCCGCUUCUUGGCGCGCGGGCCGCUGCUGAUCAGCUCGAACUCGACCGUCAUCCCUGAGGGCUCCUUCGAGGAGUACUGGCUGGCGCUGCCCGUGCAGCCCACGCAGGACGUCUUUAUCACGGCGACGAUCACGAACGCCGUCGGCGGCGACGGCACUCGCUUCGCCGGCAUCUCGACGAGUAAGAACGGCACCUUUACGGGCAGCUUGGAGCUGGUGUUCAAGGCGGGCGACUGGUUCGAGUGGCAGCCGGUGUACGUGCACGUCUUCGACAACGACAUCGCGACGGGCAACUUUGUCGUGACUAUCGAGUACGUCGUUUCGACGGUCGACCCCCUGUACGGCAGGCAGUCGGGCGCUGGCGCCUUUGACAUGCCGCCCAUGACGUACACCGCCACGGACAACGACGUCGCGGAGAUCCAGCUGUGGCAGGUGGAUGCCAGUGGGGCGAUCUCUCGCAUCGCGAACUCGACGGGCAGCCUGACGGUGCAGGAGCUGACCAACGGGACGAUCUUCGCCAACCUGUCCAGUGCGCCGCCUUCCGAGUGCUUCGGCGUGACGCCGUGCACGCUGACGCUCUCUAUGACUGCGACCGCGCAGGGCGUGCUGACCGCCCUCGACGGGACCGCGGCGCUGCCCUCGGUCACCUUCACCAAGGCUGACUACCAGCAGCUGAAGCCCUUCCGGUUCACGGCGGUCGGCGGCGACGAGGCGUCCGGCACGCGCUCCGUUGGCGUCGAAGUCGCUGCGACGGGGACGCCCCCCAUUGCGUUCCAGGGCAUGCUGGCAACGGCGACAGUCAACGUGACUGACGUCAACUUCGCGGUCAUCCGUGCGUCCACUUUCCUGGUCGGGACGAACGCGACCACGGGCGGGCCUGCUGGCGUGGCCGUGCAGCCGGUCCUCGCGCCGGCGACCGUGCCGCCGCGCUGGGAGACGGCCUACGCGGUGCGCAACAACGGCAGCAUCUACAUCGGAGUGUCUCUCAACUCCAAGCCGCUGUCGCAGGUGACCGUUGACAUUUCCGAGGCGAGCGUGCAGUUCCUGUACGGCAGCCUGCCCCUCGACUCGCAGCAGAAGCUGAUCCGCACGUGGCAGACCUUCCUGGAGAUCAACCCCAGCCAGCUGCAAUUCACAACGACGGACUGGAAGAGCAGCCAGGUUGUCAAGAUCACGCCCAAGCUGCUCGACCUGCAGCCCACGGGGCACCUGAACGUGUCCCUGGCCAUUCGGGGGUCGUGCGCUUCAUGCCCUUACAACUCCAAGUCCUCCGUGGACACCGUCAGCGUCGUGGUGAUCGAGCCCGAGCCGUUCCAGUUCCCACGCAUCUACGACGUCGAUGCGGCGGGCCCGGAGCCGCAGGUUGCCAUCGCGGCGGCCACCGUUGCGGGCUCGUUCCCGACUGUCUGCCUCCCGGCCCAGGCAGGGUGUGCCUCGACGCCCAAUUCGCUGCCUGCGGUCGCGGUCAACCGGCCGGCGCCAAGCGUGCUGACCAUGUCGGUCACGGAGGGCAACACGCGCGACAUCCGUCUGCGCAUCUCGACGCCGCCGCUGUACAUCACGCAGGUCCGUGCCGCCCUGGUCUCGGCCAGCCAGUCGGGCGAGAUCCAGCUGGAUGCCACCAACCUGUACUUCGAGCCCGGCGCGUACGAGCGCGUGAAGCACCUGCUGGUGACCGGCGUGAACGAAUUCGUCGCGCGCGGGGCCCGCCAGGUGAACGUGACCCUCAACUUCUUCGGCAACGACACCUUCUUCGCCAACGCCGGGACUGUGGCGACCGUGGUGGUGAACGUCGCAGAUGACGACACCGCGGGCGUCCUGUCGUCCGCCGAUCGCGUCACGCUGGCGGACGGGAACAGCACGGUGGUGAACGUGCGUCUCACCUCGAAGCCAACGUCUCCCGUGCUCCUCACGGUGAAGAUGGACUGCGCCCUCCUGAGCCGCGGCGUGCUCUCCUCACAGGUGCUGCCUGUGCAGCCGCCCGGAACUGGGUUCCGGAGGUCGCUCCAGCAGGCCGGAUCCAGUCUGUGCCAGCUCGCCAACUUCACGGUGACGCCGAGCAAGUGGAACUGGACCACGCCGCUCGUUCUCCGGGCAGGCGACGUGACUCCGGAGCACCUGAUCUUCCCGCUGACCAUCGAGGGCGCCUCGACGGACCCCCAGUACAGCGGCUCGCUCGGCACUCUGGCCACUGUGGAGCUGCUCUUCAUUGACGAGGACGGCGACGGCGUGCCCGACCUGGAGGACAACUGCCCGCAGACACCCAACCCCAAGGUGGGCGACGAGCAGCCCGACCUGGACGGCGACGGCGUCGGCGAUGCGUGCGACGCGGACGCCGACGGCGACGGAUUCGACGAUAACCCCUCCGCUCCUGGCAGCACGUGUGUGGACGACGUGUGCCCGGACAAGUGCCCCGGCUUUGGUGGCCGUGUCACGGACGCGAGUUCCGCGGCCCCGGGCUGCCCGGACCCGGACGGCGACAACCUGCCCGACUGCA